CGGCGGCUGCGGGGACUGUCUGCCCACGGGCGCCUUCAGUACCUCUGCCUGGUUUUGUUCAUGUUCCCAGGAGGGUGUGAAAAGGGGCCAUGGAUCCGGCAGCGCUGGUGGAAGCCGUCGUGGAAGAACUGGCCUGUCCCAUCUGCAUGUCCUACCUCAGGGAGCCCCUGGCUGAUGUGCGCCUUGAUCCAGACACUGCUUAUUCCCGCCUCAUCGUGUCUGAAGACAGAAAGUGUGUGCGCUAUGGAGACACCAACCAGAAACUGCCCGACAAUCCUGAGAGAUUCUACCGCUAUAACAUCGUCCUGGGCAGCCAGUGCAUCUCCUCAGGCCGGCACUACUGGGAGGUGGAGGUGGGAGACAGGUCUGAAUGGGGCCUGGGAGUGUGUAAGGAAGAUGUCGACCGGAAGGAGGUGGUCUAUUUAUCCCCCAACUAUGGCUUCUGGGUGAUAAGGCUGAGGAAGGGCAAUGAGUACCGGGCAGGCAGGGAUGAAUACCCCCUCCUGCCCUUGCCAGUCCCUCCCCGGCGGGUGGGUGCCUUCCUGGAUUAUGAGGCCCAGGACAUCUUCUACAACGCGACCGACAAUGGCUCCCAUAUUUUCACUUUCCCCCACCACCCCUUUUCUGGGCGCCUCCUGCCCUACUUUAGUCCUUGCUACAGUAUUAGUGCCAACAACACCGCCCCUCUGGCCAUCUGCUCCCUGGACGGAGAGGACUGAGACCCACCAUCCAGCCAGAGGCCUCGGAAUUUCACCUGGGCCCCAGGGGUCUUAUAGGGCCCCGCCCCUGACAAGGGUUCCCUGAAACUGAGUUGCGCCUAGAAUUUGGGAUUCCUCUGCCUGGCCCUGCGGUCUGCUGCUCCUCAGCCCGCAUCUCUCUCUAAACCACUCAUGUGAAGGAGUUGAGGCUUAGGCUUAGUCACAUGAGCAUUGUCCCUGUGAGGGAGGCGUGACAGGGCUGACGGUGACUCUCACAAGGAGGACUUGUCCUUUCUGUAGCUCAGGCCCCUCUUUUUCAGCCCCUGUCGGCGCCAUAACUAAGUUACAAAGUAGAUCCAAACUUCUGGAAACCUGUUGGCAAAGAAUCCUGCUCACAUCCAGAGUUGGCUGUUCUGCUGAGGCCAGGCGGGGGAGGCCUCACCUAGGUUUGCUGCCGAUGAGCAAAUGUUUGAGCCCUGCUCUCUGACCUGCAAACUAGAGGCAUUCAUUGCAGAUUAUCCAGACCACUCCCGUGGCCAUCCCUUAGCACGA